GGGGAUGGGCAGCUUGUCUUUAUUCAUUCAUCUGGCAGCAUUGUACCGAAAAAUCAUGGAGUCUCAGAUCAGGCAUAACUUCCACCAGGAUUGUGAGGCUGGCCUCAACCGCACCGUGAACCUAAAAUACCACAGCUCCUAUAUCUACCUGUCUAUGGCCUCCUAUUUUGACCGUGAUGACGUAGCACUUGCCAAUUUUUCCAAGUUCUUCCAUGAACGUUCAGAGGAAGAGAAGGAACACGCAGAGAAGCUGAUCAAGUAUCAGAACCAGAGAGGAGGACGUGUCUUUCUCCAGAGCAUUGAGAAACCAGAGAAGGACGACUGGACCAAUGGUUUAGAAGCACUACAGACAGCACUAAAGCUGGAGAAAACCGUAAACCAAGCCCUGCUGGAUCUACACCGUGUGGCUGGAGAUAAGAAUGACCCUCAUAUGACGGAUUUCUUGGAAUCUCCAUUCUUGUCUGAGAGUACAGAGACCAUAAAGAAGCUUGGCGAUUAUGUGACCAGUCUGAAGAAGCUUUGGAGCAGCCACCCUGGCAUGGCGGAGUACUUGUUUAACAAGCACACACUGGGUUAAAUCCUCCUCUGCUGUAACUUGCCUCUUGUCGCUCCAGGAUUUCUAUGUAGAAGUAAAAAGGACAUAAAUUUUAUCAGAAACACACAAAUUCUUAUCUACCAGCAUCGUUUUGACAAUAAAACAUUUGUUAAUACAUUCAAACUGGUCUUUUGUUUUC